ACGGCUGCCAUUCUCGAGCUCGCUUUAAGCACAUCAGUUCUGCAUAUCCUUCGGAACGGACAGAGUUAAUUUCUUUCUUUUCCGUCCGUAGACGUCUUUGUGCUUUGAAUUUAGACUGCGCUUUAUUGGUAGACCGGCGAUUGCGCUCGAAUUCAAUCAGUAGACAUUGUGCACGCGGAGGUGGGGCCACGGAAAACACAGCGCGCGCAUAACAUUAUUUCGCUCUCCUGUAUAAGUGCAUUUUUUUGGAAGCUUGGCAACAUGAGCGAUUCAGAGAAACAAACUGUCUCCCUUAAAGACAAGGAUGGAGUGGAGAAAAGGGGGCGAGGGAGACCAAGAAAACAUCCAAAGGAAUCAAGUGGAUCGCCAACUCCAAAAAAAGCAAGAGGGCGACCAAAAGGUAGCAAAAAUAAGGGACCUUCCAAGAGAAAAGCAUCGGCUGCAGGAAAACCGAAGGGAAGACCUAAGAAAGAGGAAAAGGAAAAACAGGCACCUCAGGACUCGUCUGAGGACGCUGAAGAAGAUGACGAUGAAGAACAGUAACUAUCUUACAGGAGUACUACCUCACACUCAACCAAACUAACUGCCCGUCUGCUCUCCCAGCUGUGAAUCGCAGGGAAUGUCAUUUCACAAAAAGACAGUUAUAACUGUAAAGGAAAUAUCCGGCGUAAUACAUUAUUAGGUUUGUGUAAGUAGGUCAAAUAGAGAAAGCAGAAUCACCCUGCAUAAAAAUGUGUUGAGUGUUUCUUAGUUUUAUUUGACUACAUAUACAUCUAUUGAACUGAGGUGCUUUACUACUUAUGCUUUGUUUGUAGCUUUGUUUUGUAUGUAGAUUAGCUAUAAUUUAAAUGUGAAACAUCAUUGGCUUAAUAGUUGUCAUAGAAUGAAUUCUUUUUUGAAUGUAGCUGUUUACAGUUUAAUAGUUCAUUAAGCUUUUUAUUGGAUGUUCCAUAUUAUACAACCAUCAGUGAAUAUUUCUUGAGGCAGGCUCUUGUAUUUUGAUUUAUCAGGGCAAAUAUAUUUAACUUAAAGUACCAUUGUCAUUGACACUAGAAGCCCCAGGAAUCAUGAAUCUGUCACGGACACUACUGAAGUUAAUGGAAAUGUCGGUAGAUUUUGAAGAUUGCCCAAUUUUGACACUGGCUAGCAUGUGUUGCUAUUACACAUAGUAGAAUGCUAGUGCUUUAUGAUAAGAUUACAUUUCGUAACAUUAGUAAAUGCAUUAGGUAGCCUAAUAUAAACUAACAAUGAACAAUAUAUUUUUUCCUAAUUUUCAUAAUGUUUGUUAAUGUUAGUUAACACAAAUACAAUUGUUAGUUCAUAGUGCAUUAUGGUUAACAUGUACAACGUUUGAGUUUAAAAAUGUGUUAGUAAAUGUUGAAAGAUUAAUAAAUGCUUUAUAAGAAUUGUUCAUUGUUAGUUCAUGUGAACUGAUGUUGUUAACUAAUCAUAAGAAAUGUAACCUUAUUUGAAAGUGUUACCCAUUGAACGUGUAUUUUCUGGUGCUUUUCCAAAGACAUCAGACCACAAGGUUUGGUGGAUAAAACAUGAGCAAAAAAUUAAGCAAAAAUUACUUUUCUAAUAAGCUUUGCUCACAUUAUAAUUCCACAAGGGACUCUUUGCAACAGAUAUCAGCUCAAUGUUAUCGACACACCAAGUGCUUUUGGAAUGCAAAUGUUUCGCUUUAUUGUAUUCUAUUUGCCUCCCUGUAUUUAUUUAAUUAACAACAGUUAUAAACUAAAGGAUGCUCUCACAGGUUCUCAAGACCUUGUGUCUUGAGUUAUAAGACUAUUGCAUAUGUUGAGCAGAAAUGUAACCUAAAGCUUAGCCCAAUUGUCCUUUAAACACUAGGUUUGUAUUUUGCGCAUUCAAGUCCUCAUAAGUUCCGAAUUCGAACCGCCUCAGGUAUUAAGGUGUCGUGAUCAAACAGCAAACGCCCAAGACAAUGUUAUUCUCCUCAGUAGUUCAAAUUCCCUUUAUCCUGAUUGUUCAUGUAGCAGUAUAAUAACCUACAUGUAUGUGGCAUUUUGUUAAUACACCAUUAGAGUUCUAAAAUGUGUAUUAGAUUUAUUGACUAUAUAUUUGCAUGUGUACUGUGUGUUGAUCUUAAUAAAAAAUAC